UCCAGCCAUGAUCUCCCUCCGAACGCUGUUAGUGUUGGCAACGCUGGUGUUCUUAGUCCUUAUCGCUCUGAAUCCUUCUCCUCCUUCUCCUUCCCUUCCUUUCUCCCCUCAUCCCAUUUCCGAGAGUGAGAGGGACCAAAAGAAGGAAGAGGGGAAUGGUCAAGACCUUUCGGGGAAGUUACGGGAGGUCAGGUGGACGAGAGGAGAGCGACCAUGGAGACAGGUCGUGGCUUCGUGGGACAAAAAGUUCAAGGUACCUUCCAGAGCAGAAGGUCCGGUCUUAAACCCAUACCCAGAUCAAGUGACGUUUUUAGUGAAUGAGGAGAAAGCUUGUAAGGACCCCCCUUUGGCACUGGCGUUGGUGGUCACUGCCCCUUCGAAUGCCAAGAAAAGGCACUUCAUUCGGAAUACGUGGGGUCAUCCUGCCUUGGUCGAGGUCACGGGGAUUCGACCAAUCUUCGUUGUGGGUCAGACGGUGGAUCCUGCGGCACAGGCCACGCUUUCGCACGAGACGUCCCAACAUCACGACGUCAUCCAGGCCAACUUCCGCGACUCUUACCAGAACCUUACCUACAAAACGACCGCUCUACUCACCUGGGCGUCGACUUAUUGCUCCUCCACACCCAUCGUCCUCAAAAUCGACGAUGAUGUCAUUCCCAAUCCCAUAGCCUUGAAGAAAUGGCUCGUCAACUUCCUCGAAUCGAAUCCCCAUCCUAGUGAAAUCCUGGGGAAAGUGAGGUGCUGUGAUCCUGUGCUUCGUUCGGGAAAGUGGGGUGUCUCGAAUGAGGACUAUCCUGGGAAUUCUUAUCCUCCAUACGUGGCUGGUCCUUCUUAUAUGGUGCCGAUGCCCGUUGUGUCUGCGCUGCUACAUGCUGUUAGGAGGACGCAAUUUCUAUUUUUGGAAGACGUUUAUACAACCGGACUCGCCGCCAAGAAGGGAAGUAUCUCUCACUACAACAUCUUCACUCUUACGAACUCCCUACCCAAUAAAAUUGACGUGCUCUGGUGUUCGGGAGCAAGAGUAUUUCAAGAGAACGUUGGCCUAAAAGAAGCAACGAGAGGAUGGAACAAGAUUCGCGAGUUGGAAGGCAUCACUGAGCCUCCAGAAUAUGUAUUCACUCCCUGACCUUCAAUCGUUAUUAGUCCUCUUCCUUUCCCUUCUUGAUCUGAGUUUACGUUAUUAACCUUAUAUUGCAUAUUCUGGAUUUUUAUUUUAUUUUUUAUUUUUUGUUUUUUUUUUUUUUAUUUUUUUCUUAAGCAUGUCUUUGGAAAUUGUUUUUCGCAGUUUGUUUAGGAUUUAUUUGUUUGUUUCAUCCCUGCCACACACAUACACACAUUACGUUACAUUUUACUUUAUCUAUUUUCUCUUAGUUCAAAAUGGUAUCUUGGUCACUUAGUCACUACACAUAAUUUGUAAUAUAAAAUGGUAUGGUAUAUCAAAUUCAUGGCAUAAAGUGUUCUUUGAACGACUUAUUUUUAAUUCCAAUACGUUGUGGAUUAUUGUUAUAUUCUAUAUGCUUUAUGCUUAUAUCAUAAGGUGUAACUCCCUAAAAUAAAAAAGGAGGAGGGGACCAAGGGAAAAAUGGAGAUAUGCAUGUUGUAUAGAAUAAUGUAAAUGUGAAUAUGUAAUAAAAUAUUUGUAUCGACAA